CAAGCGUACUCUUGUGGUCAUUCUGUACUAGUAAUCGACUGAAUCCAAUGUACUGAAAAUAAUCGGAACGGCGUCCAGUAAAUUCAGUACUGACAGUUGAUAUCGGAACAUCCACGAGGAUGAAAACCUGAACCUGUCAAUGCUUGUUGGGAUGUCAGAUGUCAUGUCAAAGGUUCAAGGUCAAAUGAUGGAAAUACUAAAAUUAUGUCAGGAUCUAAACCAAUAAAAAUGUGGAUCCAGGGCAAAACUUUCCCCAUACAAAAAUUCAGUGAAAUGACCAAGAAAUUAAAUAAACCAAAAACGGACCAUGAACAUGAUGAUGAAUCACAAAUUAUUCCUCACGAAGAAUACAUUAAGCUUCUGGACAUAACCGAAGACAAGGGUAAUUUCACAACUCAAAUUCAAGUGCCUAAACUUUACAAAGCAAAACUCUUUACUCUCCCAAAAUUUGAUAUUGAAAAAAUAUCGAAAGUCACCAACGCAACAAUAAUCAUCCCUGGUUAUGGAAAGGAGAGCGACAUUACUUUAAGCAGCCAAAACACUAUUGAUUUAGUCAAAGCAGUAGCUCACAUCCAUUCAGCUAUAGGAGAAGUAAGAAGCCGAACUUUACCUUUUCAAUUUACUUGCAUCCCAUGCUCGACCCCAUCUAUACGAGAAAAAUUUGAAAGCCUAAAGCAGCAAAUUUUAUAUAUGAAAGAAGAAGUUGAUGGAUUUCAUGAAAGUAUUUUCAUAAGCCCAUUAAAGUUGCAUAUAACCAUUGAUGUAUUUAGUCUGUUAGAUGAUGAUGAAAAACUCGAAGCCAUAAGAGUGCUAAACGAGUAUAAAAGUACUCUAGAAAAACUUGGCCCAUUGAAACUGAACAUAGCAUCUCUCAGUUGCAUGAAUGAUAAUAUUGAAAAAACUGACGUCAUUUAUGCAAAUGUGAGAUUGCUAAAUGAAACAAACGAUAAUAAUUUACAAACAAUAAUUGAUGCCCUAUCACAUCAUUUUUACGAAAAAGGCUUGUUGAAAAAGUAUCAAGAGAAUGUCAAGUUGCAUAUGACCAUCAUUAAUACCAAAUAUAGGAAAGAUAAAACAAGCCCUAAAAGAAAGAGGCGAAGGCUUAGCAUAGAUGCUACAAAAAUAUUUGAAAAAUUUAAAGAUUUUGAAUUUGGAGAUUGUGACUUUGAUAGUUUACAUUUAUCCCAUAUGACUCUGAAAGGAGAUGAUGGGUUUUAUAAACCAUUGGCUGUGAUAAAAUUAGGUGAUCAAUGUGUAUAGGGGUCAGUGCAAUAAAAUUUUGUAUUUAU